AUGGCGGACUGGUGGAACAUGGCGGCGGAGGCGGCGAACGGCAGCUUAACCUACGUCGGCGAGACGAAUGCGAUCGCGGAGGCCAUCACUGGCGCCCGCCAGCAGUACGGCCAGGCCACCGAGGACUGCCGCAGAUUCCGCCCGGGCGUGCAUCCCCUGCCCAACGCCGGCCAGGGCGCUCCUUCAGCAGGCGGCCUCAUCAUCGACCUCGCCAUCGGCCGGAUCAAGCGCAUCAGCAGGUUCUACGCCGUACUGGGCACCGUAUUCUCCCUCUGCGUUGCGCACAUCGGGCUCCAGGCCAACGCGCCGUGGUGGUGGGACAGGUGGCAACUCCACCACGCCGACGCUGCCCGCCACGCGGAGACGGCGCUGCAGUGCCUACACUCCGCCAAGUCGCACGGCCAUGCGGCCCUCGGCGUCUUCCACGUCAUGCUCAGGCCGCCAUCGCCGCGAGCAGUCGCCCACGCCUGGGCACCCGCGGCCGAGCAGCUCCUGCGCCGCGCGAUGGACGAUCUAGCCAUGGCGGAGGCCGCGGUGGAGCGGAUGCGACCGGCCAUUGUGGCCCAGUACUCCGACGCAUGGAUGCUUCUGCAUGGCUGA